UGUUAUUUCAAGAAAAGCAAUGCAAUAAUUUUAGUCUUUGGUGAGAUUUUUUAUGGGCAUUAUAUUGUUGUUGUUCGCUGCUUUCCUCAUCCGGUGUUGCCCCUUAUUCUGAUGCCACUCUUCAGGCCUUGCAAGAUAAGCAUCCUGUUGCCCCAUCUCCCUCAUUACCGACUUCGCCUAUGGAUCAUCAUCCUCUUGUUGCCUCUUCAGCCGUUGUUUUGGAUAAGAUUAGGAGCUUUCCUCGUGGUACAUCUUGCAGGAGGGAUGGUUUUCGAGCUCAACAUCUUAUGGAUUGUUUGGGUGCUGCUGAUGUGGCUAUCUUGGAUGAUUUGGUAGCCUCUAUUACUCGAGUGACUAAUCUUUUCCUUGAGGGUUGAUGUCCGCAGCCCCUUGGUGAGUAGAUUGCUAGCGCUCCUCUCACGCCACUUGUUAAACCAGGAGGUGGUAUCCGUCCUAUAGCUGUUGGCACUGUUUGGAGACGUACGUCUUUUUUCUAAGGCUGGCGCUUGUCUUGUUGGCCCUACUUUAUCUGGUUAUUUUGCUGGUCUUCAGUUUGGGGUUGGGGUUUCUGGUGAAGCAAAGGCUAUUUUGCAUGCCUUGAACCGGUUUGUUGAGGCCCACGGUGGUGACGUAGGUCUUUCUAUGUUGUUGGUCGAUUUCCAGAAUGCUAACAAUUUAGUUGAUCGUGGGGCCAUGCUUCAGGAAGUUCGUCGUCAUUGUAUGGUCCUGUCCCGCUGGGUAGAGUUCUGUUACCUUAGCCAUGCCCGACUGUAUUAUGGGAUGCAUAAUGGUCUUGCCGGGAAGUUCAGCAGGGAGACCCUUUGGGCCCUUUGCUUUUUGCUUUGGUGUUGCAUCCUUUAGUGUGCAAGAUCAGAGACUCUUUUGAUUUGAGUAUGCAGGCUUGGUAUUUGGAUGAUGGCAAUGUUGUGGGGGACACUUUGGUUGUUGGGAAGGUCUUGGACAUGAUUAUGGUUGAGGGCCCUCGAGUUGGCCUUCACCUAAAUGUGGGUAAGACAGAGGUUUUUUAGCCUAGUGAGGAUCCUAGGAGUCGGCUUCCAGGUGUUUUCCCUGCCUCUAUCGCUCGACCUCCACACGAUCUCACCGUUCUGGGUGGUCCUGUCAUUUCUUCUCCUAAUUUUAGCAGUGAGCUUGUGGCUAAGAGAGUUACUAAGACCAUUGAGCUAAUGCACUUGGUUGCUAGGAUUGAUGACCCACAGUGUGAGUUGCUUUUGCUUCGGGCCUGUACUGGUAUUUCUAAACUCUACUUUGCAUUGCUUACUUGCUCCCCUCAUAUUUUUGGGCCGGCCCAGCUAGCUUUUGACACAGCACUUCGGUUUAGUUAUAACUUAUUGUCACUGCUUCUAGACCCGGGUUUGGUGAUUGGCAGUGGCGGCUUGCCGCCUUCCCAUUUCAUUUGGGCAGGCUUGGGGUUUAUGCUGCUGGAGAUGUCUUGCAUUAUGCUUGUUUGGCAUCUCGUUUGCAGUCUGUGGAGUUGCAAGCUAAACAAAUAAGUCCUUCUAGAUUCUAUCUCUUGGCCCUACUUUUGAUGACGCCCUACACACCUUUAACGAGUUUACAGGUUCUGAUCUCUUACAUGACUCUAGUGGAGUUGUUGCCCCAAAACUUUUGAAGAAAUUGGCAGAUAUAUAUUUCGCCAAGGUUGUUACUACUUCAGAUUCUGUUUUCUCAUUGACUACGCAUCAGGUGGCUUUGUGGAAGUCUCAGCAGAGUGCACACUCUUCUGAUUGGUUGCGUGUUGUUCCUAUUGCUGGGCUGGGCUAGACUAUGAAUGGGAGGACAUAUCGUAGUGUGCUUAGCUAUCGACUGGGUGUCCCGUUGUUUUCGGUAUCUAACCCCUGUCUGCUUGUUCCCUUGUCUUUCCUGGUGAUGUCUUUGGGGAUCAUGUUGUGUCCUGUGCUGGUUCUGUGGGCAUUAAGCAUCGGCACAACCUCGUUCUUGGCACCUUAUUGGACAUCUAUUACAUGUCUGGGAUUUCUGCAGUUAGGGAGGUUAAUAUCGGUUUGGUUGAUGGACAUGGCAGACCCCUUCGUCCUGCAGAUUUGCUGCUUUAUUCCUGGGACAGGGGGCGAGAUGUGUGUGUAGAUUUGAAUGGAUCUUCACCUCUCACUCAUACUGGGAUGACUGGUUUUGUGCCUGUCCGAGUUGUUGGAUGCUGCUCAGCGAAAGUGUGCCAAGUACCGAGACUUGUUUAUUGCGGUUGGUUACGGUUUCUUGCCCUUAUCUUUUUCUUCGUUGGGAGAGUUGGAUACAGAUUUCGUGGCUUUGCUUAAGAGGAUCCAUAAAUUCUCCAUGUCUCGGGAUGCAGGGGCUUGGCCGGCCGCGUACAUUUUUACUAGACUUAGUUUUUCUAUAGCUAAGGGAGUGGGAGCCCAGAUUGUAUCUCGCCUACCCACUAAUUUUUUGUAAAUCUUUUUUUGUUAUGUUUCCACUCAUAUUAAUAGAUUGAAUCCCUCUAUAAUAUAUAGUAGUACUUCAGGAGAUUUUGAGCAUUUCAAAUUCCUUGCAUUCUCCUUAAUUGUAGCUAGGGGUAAAUUUAUAAGUUCAACUUAGAACUUAAAUAUCUUCUUAUGAGAAAAAAAGUCAUUACAAAGAUUUGAACUUGAGUCCUUCAAAUUGAUAGUCAAUAUCCCUAACCAACUGGACUACAACAAUGUUUAUGUAUUAUUUGAAUUAAAGAGAGAAAAUACUGAAAUACUGAAAUAUCUCAAAAUCAUAGGACUAUCCAACGCAACAAUCAAUCAUCAAAUUAAUUAAUAACUGUAAUUAUUCACAAAGUGAAUAAUCAUGAUAUACUUAGUUUUAUGAAUCAACUAAGUGAGUUCCUCUAAUCACACAAUUCUUCACCAAGAAUCAAAUAGUACAUUUUGAGUUUAUGUAUGUCUUACAAUUUUUACAUUUAUUAGGUUACAUGACUUUGUAGUUUGUAGGAAUACAAGGAUUGUGUACAAAAGUGCUAUACAAAAUUUUAUUUCAAAACAUAAAAUUUGACAUUUGUGAUCUAUGGUUUUGUAACGAGACAUUUUCAAUGCUAUAAGUGAAUGACCAAAAAUCAUUGGCUAACAAUUUCCCUAAUGCUUGACAAUUAUAAACAUAGAAUUGAAAGACUAAAUACCAUUGACAAAUGAGCCAAUUAUCAUUGGCUAAUUUAGUAAAAAAUGGUAUGUGUAUGUACAUUGGAAAUUCUAUGGUACGCUCGAUGGAUUGAGGGUUAUUUCAUAUCCUUAGUUAAAUAACAUUAUCUAAACCAUAGAUUAAUCACGUAACUAAACCCUAUAUCAUAAUUCUCUAAAUCCUAAUAUAGUGCAUAUGGUAUGUUGUAUACAUCUUGGCGAAUCAGAAUCAUUGAUUAUGUUCAUAUGUGAUAUUAGGGUUUAUGUUCUAUAGAUUUAGGGUAUAUGAUUUAAUUAUUUGAAACUUAAUCUCCCUUUUCAAAUUUCCUGCAAUGAGAGGGAAAUUAGGAAGGAUAUUUUCGUCUUCACAAUUAUAUGUAUUUUUUAUUUAUUUACAGAAAAAGAUAGACAUAUUGAGAUUUGAACUAUGGUCUCUUCAAACAAAGAGGAAGUUUAAAAUCAAUCAGACUAUGUAGAUAUGUUGUAUUUUUUAAAAUUAAAAAUAUACACAAAACUUAAAUAUGAAAUCACAUAACUUUUCAACAGUUAGCUAGCCCAAUCAAUAUUUUGUAAGUACUUAUUUGGUGUUUUGAUACUUCAAUUUUGAUAUUUUUUAUUGUAAUUAUAGUUUAAUACUUAAUUUAAAAUUUUAUCCAUCUUAUAAAUAGACGAUCACCAUAAAUUUGCAACCAAAAAAUUGUUGGUUUGAAUAUUUCAUAUCAAAAUAUAAUAUUGAAUAUGUAGAAGCGAUAUAGAAUUCUUAAAUUACCAUUAAUUUUCAGAACUAUAGUGAAGCAAUCAUAUCUUUGUGCAAACUAUAGGGGACUGGUUCUCUGAACAUUUUUAUCCGAUUAAAUUCUAAGUUUUGAAACUCUUCCUAGGGGUGUACGUGGGUCGAUUCGUUUGGGUUUAAAUAUUUUAAUCACCUAACUCAUAUACCACGAUUUUGAAAACACUAAAUACAAACUCACCCAAAUAAUUUAGAAUUUUAACGGUUUGUGUCCUCCAUACCAAAUGAACCAAUUUACAUGUCGCUUAACUAAGGACAAUCUCAUUGUCCAAUCCCAUCAUUCUUAUGUCAAUCCAUAAAAGUAACUCAUAUUCGCGUUUGUUAACACAUGUUUCACAUUGUCAUUAUUAUGACCGGUAACUUCGCUGCAACUGAUUCGGUAUUGCUCAUAAUAUUGCCUCCAAACUGAUAAACAUAUCGGGCCAGCAGUUUUAUGACAAAACUCAAAGUGAAGACAACUCAUCGUCUGGUGGAAUUUUGGCGCUGGCUGGUGUCCAUUAAUCUAAUUGCAAGCAUAAUGAUUGCUAAAAUUAAGCUUUCACGCAACACACUGGGAGUUGGGGGUGUGAACUUGAAGUAAAAGUUGAUAUUGAGUUUGGGAAGGGAAGUGGUGAGUGGAAGAAAUAUUGGUAGCAGGUAAAGUUCAUGGUUCGGUUUCUUUUAGUAAAUUGCUUUGAUUUAUUUUAGUAAGAGGUAUAAUAUCAUGGUUAUGUGGGAUCAAAUGAACCAAAAAUGAGAUUGGGUGAUGGGAAUUCCAACUUAGAAGGAGUGGAUUAUAUUUUGAUAAACUCAAGUUCAUGAUUAACUGAAAGAAUAUUUAGAUAUAGACUUUUGGUAUUGAGAUGUUCAUAGUGAGUUUAAAACUGAUCCAAGGCCAUGGAUUGAUAUUGGUUAGCUGAUUGUGAUUUUGAGGAAGGUGUAUAAAAAGUCAUGGUAGAGAAGAGGCAGUUGGUCAGGGUAGUGAUUGAACCAAGUAGGGUAUUGAAAGACAUAAAAGCAAAAUCGGAGCAAUUGAAGAGAGAGAAGUGGUAGAUGAUCAGGAUAUUAAUGAAAAUGGAGAGGGUAUUGAAGGGCAUGGAACUGAACUGGAUCAAGUGAAGGCAUAGAAGGAGGAGAAGAGCAUAUUGAUGGAAUUGAAGAUGAGUGUUGGUUUUACGAGCUUAUUAAAACUGCCCCAAGGAAGAUGAGUUGGCCAAAUACAAGAAAGAGGACUGAGGAGUUGGAGAUCGAGCUGACAAGAAACUCAAUUGAAAGAGAAAUCCAGGUUCAUGGAGAGAAGGUCCAUCAAAGUAGCAUAAAUGGAGUUGCAGAAGGAGGAUUAAAAAUUGAAUUUUGAUUUAAAACAUAUACGUCAAGAGAUUGAAGAUGGAGGGGAUAAAAAGUCGGAUGUAUAACGAAGAGUGAAAACUAUUGGAUCUUUAGGUGUUAUGGUUGUUGCAACUACCACAACCUAUGUUUAUGUUAAAACGAGUAAUCAUUGAUUGAUUUACUAAAGUUAAGGUCGAUUCACUUAUCAAACUACUGAAACCUGUAGAUAAGGAGUGUCUAAUUUUGUGCCUCAUUACUUUGAUCGAGUCUAUUAGUAUAUUGGAUGUAACUCUAAUUUUGUCAUUUGCUCUCAAGUUUUAAUUGUCUCCUUUUAGUUGAGUUGUUAGCAUAUGAUUUACUUGAAUCAACAACUCUUCAUUUCUGUUUUUUUUAUAAAUCCAUUUCUUUUUUAUUAGUGGCAUGUUAUUCAUAGAGGAGAGCUUUCAACCAUUUAUGUGGGAUUGUGAGGUUUCAUUUCAGUUUUAAAAUAAUUAUGGAUCGUGUGGGAAUUCCAAUGAGCUUUUAUAUUAUAUAUUUCUAGACAAUCAAUUAACCAAUAUCAUUUUAAUGUGGCUCAAUUAUCAUUAUGAAAAUGUAAUUAAUGAUACAUUUUUAUAUUCUUAAAUGAGGAGGGUAUUUCCCUGAAUGUUCGACCUAUAUAUUCAUUUUUUAUGUAGCAUCUUGAUUGAAUGAUUUUCAAUAAAUAUAAACGAAUUAAUAGACUUAAACAUAACAUUAAAAUAUAAAUAUUAAAAUAUGAACAUUCCGGCCAACGGACCGGGUUAUAAGCUAGUAAUUAAGUAUGAUUAAUUGAUAGUUGUAGUCCGUAUACUUUUUUAAAGUUUCACUAAGUUGAAAAUAUGAUUUACAAAAAGUCAAAAGUGAAGUUAUACAUGGACAUUUCUCUACCACUUGAGUUACGUUAUUGGAAUUCGUGGAAUUGAAUUCCUUAUUAAAGGCAACAUAUUAUAGCUAGAGACAUCAAUCGUCAAAACAAAAACAAAAAUACAGAAAACUAAAGCUAGUGACAUAGUGAAACAAGUCCAGGCGCGUUUUUGUUAUAGAUAACUACAAAUUGAAGUUCAUAUGCCAAAACCCCAUAUUUGUUACUUACUACUGACCAAAUGACAACAUUUCCAUUGUCAGGUGCCAAAAGACCCCAUUUGGCCAUUUCGACCCCGCCACCGAUGCUGGAAUGGGAAACUUUUGACGUUAUUUCGGACGGACAUCACAUUCACACAUUGGACAGUAGUGCAGAUCUUUCUUUAAUUGCCUCUAUUCAUUAUUGGUUGAUUAAGGUUAAUUUGCACUCGCCGCCCGCGCGCCAGCUUUGUUUGGAACAUACAAAUGCUCGAAAUAUACGUAUAGACAUUUAGAGUUCAUUAUUUCAAGUCUUACUAUUACAAUAAGACGAGGGCCAGGCACCAAAAUCAUUUGAGGUGGGGAUGAGAAACCAAAGAAAUGGCGCUACAGUUGCUAGCAGCCAUCACACUCCUUUUUCAUAUCAAUUCCAAAUGACAAAUUAAACAAACAAAAACGAAGGACUGCUAUUUAGAUCUCGACCAUUCCAACGAAGAUGGACUGAUCAUUUUUAAUGGUUUAUUUAUAUUAACUAGCAAAAGCCGUCUCGCUACUGCUUCACGUAUCAGAAAAAUAAAUAUUAUAAAGAGUAAUAGUUUUAAUGUUGACCUAAAAGUGAAAGUAAUCUUAUUUCAUUCUUAAUCAUUCUUUUCAUAGGUUUGUUAUUUACAAUAGCAUAUGGUUGAUGAACUUGCAUAAGGUAGAAGGGUCGUCAAAUAGAUUAUUUAUGUUUAAACUUCUUUCAUGAUGCCAAUGUUUCAAUUUGUAUGGCUAGCAGUUGAUCCUGUUGUAACUUUCGCAGAAUGAAGUAGCUUCUCUGGAUCUUUUCAAUAAGUAUUAAAAAAAAUUGUUAAGUGUUUUGCUGAAAAACUAUCAAAAUUACUUUCUAAUGUAAGAGGUAAUGAAAAAUGCAUAAAAAAGAUUUCUAACAUAAAAUAUGAAUACAAAUUCUAAAUAUAAAAAAUAUUUAAAAUGGAUAAUGUUAGAUUUAUUUCAUAAUAAAUAAUACUAUUUUCAAUUUAUUUUUUUAUAAUGAUAUAAAUGAAAGAAAAUUAUGUUUUCUAGAAAAAGAAUAAUAUAUGGUAACUACUUUGUAUUCUCAAAUUGGAGCUACUGCUUUAAAGUUACGAAAAACUUCAGUUUUUUUAAAAGUGAAACUUUAGAAGUGUUUGGCUUGCUUUAAAAUUUUGAAACGUAAAACUUCUAAAAUUCGGGCCAAAUAUAAUUGUACUCUUUUG